UGCAACACGUCUAAGGAAGAAGACAAUAAACAGUUCACUGACUGACAAGGGUAAAGUAAGGAAACGUGUGAUGUCUUUCAAGUUUGUCAAAGUGGUGGCUGUCCCAGCAGUUCUGGGUAUUGCCUCGAUCCGCGUAUAUGCUGUAAACGAGACUAACACAGAAGGACUGCUCUCUCCUCGGGAGCUCUCAAUCUACUCAACUCUGCACCAGGGGCACCACUAUAUGGAGAAAGAGCCAGGAGUUCUGCAGAGAGGUCUUGGUAAAGUCAGAGGAAGUCUGCAGUCCUAUGUGAAGAAUAUAAAAGGUGCUUUCGUGUCAGUUAAAGUAAUGGCUGUGAACCUCUACCAUGGUGGAGAAGAUAUCUACCACUUUCUGAAAGAUCCUCCCUCUGGAUUUGCCCCCCGGGUUGCUGUCAUUACUGUGUCUGGUUUGGCUGGUGUGAUUCUUGCAAGAAAAGGGUCCCGCCUAAAGAGAUUGAUUCUUCCCUUAAGUUUGACCAUGGCCGGCUUUGCCAUGUGUUACCCCAUACAGACUAUAGCCAUCCUUAAGGUGGGCGGAAAGAAUAUAUAUGCAGCCUCUCAGUGGACAAGUGAAACUGUGGCAUCGCUGUGGAGAUCAGACACAACAGUAGUAGUUGUGCCAGCCAAUUUAGAGUUGGCACAGUUUCCUGAAACUUUGGCCAAAGGUUCAGGGACUCAGACUGUAUUAAUCCCUGAACCAUCUGAUGCUGAGAGAGCAGAGGAGUCCUUCCGAGAGGUUCAUCCCCCCACUGAGCCCAGAAUGUCUGAAGCCGUGGCUGCCGUGGCUCCACUUUCAGCCCAUGUCUUAGCCUGCACCUCUGGAACAGCACCAACCACUCCUCCUGCAGACGACGACAUCUUAUUGAUGACUGCUGAGGGAAAGGCCACCUGCCCCUCUUCCUCCCUAACUACUAAGAGCCAACCAGUGUUGCCUUCUUUACAGUCUUCAGGGGAUAUUACUAAUGCCACAGUUGUUCCUGGGAAGCCUGGCUGUGGAGCAGAUCCCAGGGUGAUGGACUUUGGCCAGUCUAACCCUGAGGAUGCGGACCUCUAUAGCACACGCAGCUGAACACAAUAAGGAGAACAGCAGCCAGUGAUGAAGAAAGUAAUACAGAGUACUGAUGUCCACAUCAGUGUGAAGAGGACUUGAAUGCCAGCAUUUGUUGCCAUUGCCAUGGAUCCAUUAGGCAACAUACAGCCACAAGUUGACCACACAAUUUAUAUGUAUAAAUUUCACUAAAAGUUGAUACAGAAUUUUAUAUGUUGAAAAUAUUUCAUUAAUUAGGUGACUCAAUAACUGAGCCAGAUCCCUGGUGUUGAAAUCCUGAUGAUGCAUCCAGUACAUUGCUGAGUACACAAGUUUGUGUUCCCUAGCACCAGUGGUCUGAUAUUUUGUUGCUUAAUUCUAUUCAUGUCAAAACAGUUGGUUUUGACAUGUAGUGUGGAGGCUUGAUUUGUUAAAUAGUAUUCUUAAACUUGUACAUACAGUAAAUAAAUGUCAGAAUAUAGUACAACUGCACAUUGUUUGAGAGAAUGAAGAUAUACCUCACAAUAAAGCUUUAGUUUUAAAUGA